CAGAGAACUGUAAUUUUAUAUUGGACUCUUGGUGCUGCUUGCAACAUUUCCGUGUUAUUUGGUCUUUACAAACGACAAAUAUCCGUUCUGCUUAGUGCUAUCUAUGUCGCAUUAAAUAGAACAGUUUGGGCCAUAGGCAUAGCAUGGAUUGUAAUAAUGUGUUAUACUGAGCAUGGAGGCAAUGUUAAGAAGCUGUUAACAUUCAAAGUCUGGAUUCCACUUAGUAGACUUACAUAUUGCGCUUACCUUUUAAAUCCUUUUAUCAUAAAUUCGAUUCGUUUGCAUAGUGAAACAUCUGCUCAUUUAGAAAUUCUGUCCAUGAGCGCUAUGUUCAUGGAAUACAUUGGAAUUAGUUAUUUCUAUGCAUAUGUAUUAUUUUUAAUGGCAGAAUCACCGUAUAUCUAG